GAUUUUAUUACGUUCUCGGUCGAAGGUGGUUUUGUGCAAAAGCAACGCAAGCGAGUGUUCUCGAAUUUAAAACGUUGAAAAAAGGAAAAGGUCAUCGCGAUUGAAAAUUAAAGGAAAAUCGUUCAUUGAAAAGCUGUGAUCCCUGAUACGUGAAAAGGUCAUAUUCGUGCGUUUCCCUGCUUUCGUAUUACAUUCCAUCGCAUAUUGACAGCAGUCUUGUUUCCAGUCGCGGUGUAGGCUGUGGCUGUGUUUUGUAGGCGCAUCAAGAAGUAGUGUUUUUGCGGUAGUAACCAGUUAUCGACAUUUUGUCAGAAAGCAGUGAAUGUAAAAGAAAUGAAUGAAAAUUUGGCGAAAAUCUGCCGAAUAUGCCUGACGGAGGGUUCGAGGCACAUCUUCCAGAAAACCGUCACAAACGACGCAUUGUACAAUGUUUCGUCGCUGAAUCGCAUCUCGGAAAAGCUACGCUACGUGACGCUGCUGAAGGUUGAUGAAAUGGAAAAUCUCCCGCCUAUGAUUUGCGAUCUUUGCAUCGUCCAGCUCAACGUCGCGUACAACUUCAAACGACAAGCCACUGAAUCAGACACCAAGCUGCGGCAGUACCUGAUCGAAAAUGGCAUCGACAUAAUGAAGGACAUCCGAGCGUUACCGGCGAUCCGAGCCGCGGACCAAAUCGCCAUUCCGGAACGACUUCUACCAGCAUCCAAUCGGGCAAAUCAGCGUUUGAACUCAACAUCGUCAUCGUCGGUUUUUGAAGUCCCACAAUCAACAAGUCAUGGAGGCCUGAAAACCAACGGACGAGUAUUCGAGCCACGACUGGUGCCCAUUCGAAUAAAAGUGGAAACUCCGGAAACGGUAGAGCCAUCUUCGGAACCAGGGGAUCUUCUUUCCAAUUCGACUAUAUCUCCAUUAAGCUCCGUCACGAUGGCCAACGGAACUGCACCGGUUGCGCUACCGUCGCCCCAUGUCGCAUCAGAGAAAACUAAUAGCACCGAAAACAUUGCGAUCGAUUCGUCUCCAAGUUCCAGCAAAAACGGCCGCGACAGUGCAAUGGUGGUGGUAAACAGUCGGAACAUCAGCCUACAAGGCGAUGAUGAUUAUGUGCAAAAUAUCCUUGGGUCCAACAGUAGUUUGUCCACGAACGCGAGCAAAUCCGUGGAAAAGAUCGACUCGCAACCCAACCCGACUAAAACUAGUGAGUCAAAAGAAAAGCACGAAUCCCCUGCAGACAAUGAAACUCCGCAAGAAAGACGACUCAAAUCGUUAUUGUCGCAUUUGAGGAUCAACAUGGUCAAUUCACGGUUCCCCCAGUCGAAGCUAAGAACCAAGCCACGGAAGAAGCUACAAAAACUAAAACUUAAAGAGCAAAGUAAACAUAAUCUUUCACCCAAGCCAGCAUCCAAACCCGUUCCCAAAACAGCACCCAAACAGGUAAACAAACCGCCACCGAUGCCCAAAUCAGCUCCAAUUCCAUCGUUACCGACAGUCGCUCGGCGGCACUCGUUGGAUCUUUCCCAGUUGUUGAACGGAACGAGGGUAAAAGCGGAGCAGAAGAAUAAAAGUCCCGAAAAGAGAAGCCCUCUCAAGAAGUCGUCGCAUGUGAUCAGCCCGAGCAAGCUUCGUUCCCUGAGGGACCUGAUGCGGGAGGAACGUAGCCGGAUAAUAAACAAGACUAAAAACAAGGACUUGGCGACGUCAUCCGGCGUCGUCAGUGGUCAGAAAGUGCAUGACGAUAAAAAUAAGACGGUUUCCUGAUUGCGAAUCAAAAAGGAGUCUUGCUGUUGAAAAGAUUCGCGGAGUGCAAAAUAAUAAUUUGUAGGUUGUAGACAUUGUUACGAUAGAAAUUCUUAGAAUUCGGAUCCUGGAUAUCAUAGAGUAAAACACCAAUGUUGCACAGGCUUGAAACAUACAAUCCGUUGUGUCUUUUGUGCCUGCGUAAAUUUGUUGUUUUGCAGUAGUUGCAAAAUAGUAGUUAAUUCGAAUUCUAUUCAUAAUUCAUAAAGUUUGUAUCCAGUGCAUACGCUCAGGGUACGGCAUGUUUUUAAUUUAUUGUCCCUAAAAAUGCUGAGAUUACGUGAAUAAUUGCAAUUAAUAAAUACCAACAAGUCCGAUUGUUAAAUUAGUGCCUUAGCGCAGAGUUGGUAUUGCAACACAGCCCUUAGAUGUAGAUGUAGAACAUCUGAAUAAACAAACGUUGUUUGCACAAUGGAAUUAUUACACACUAAUUACUUCAACAAUAUUUGCAGAUUAUUUUCCUUGAUCAAGAGAUUAUUCAGCCCACCAAUUGACACAGUGCUAUGUUGAUAAUUCCGAUAAGCUAAUGCAAAUCAUUGCCCUUUUAUUCCUAUCUUAAUACUAAGUUUUAAAUUUUCAACUGUAUAAAUAUACUAUCUACAAACAUAUUAUACUUUAUGAAAUAAAAAUAAUAAAGGUGCGAUCAAAA